GACUCAUAGAGAGAUUAUCGAACAGCGACGAUGGACAGGAAGACAUUGUUUUCUUUGUGGGCUCAACUGACCCCUGCUUCCAUCAUGAUGGAGGACAGGGAGUCAUACACCGAGGAGACCAGGCUCGUCCCCGCCCCCCCUACUGAGGCCAAGCCCCCGGGCCUUAACCCCCGCUACCCUCGGGGGGCUAGGCUGCCCUGGUUGGCUGCCCCAGCUGGUGGCGCCAACAAGAGGAUCGUCCUCGGCCCCCCUACUGAGGCCAAGCCCCCGGGCCUUAACCCCCGCUACCCUCGUGGGUCUAGGCUGCCCCGGUUGGCUGUGGCUGAGGAGGCUGACGGCCAGGAAGCCUGGAUCCAGGCGGCCCACUCCGACACCGUGUCCCUCCGUGCACGGGCUCUGGGUGCCGCCUCGAGCCAGGAGACUUCCCCGGGCCGAACCCCCCCAGAAGUGGCUGACCCUGACCACCAUCGUGGGUCUAGGCUGCCCCGGUUGGCUGCCCCAGCCGCUGGCGCCAACGACAGGAUCGUCCUCCGCCCCCCUACUGAGGCCCAGCCCCCGGGCCUUAACCCCCGCUACCCUCGUGGGUCUAGGCUGCCCCGGUUGGCUGCCCCAGCUGGUGGCAGCAACGAGAGGGUCGUCCUCCGCCCCCCUACUGAGGCCAAGCCCCCGGGCCUUAACCCCCGCUACCCUCGUGGGUCUAGGCUGCCCCGGUUGGCUGCCCCAGCUGGUGGUGCCAACGAGAGGGUCGUCCUCCGCCCCCCUACUGAGGCCAAGCCCCCGGGCCUUAACCCCCGCUACCCUCGUGGGUCUAGGCUGCCCCGGUUGGCUGUGGCUGAGGAGGCUGACGGCCAGGAAGCCUGGAUCACGGCGGCCCACUCCGACACCGUGUCCCUCUGUGCACGGGCUCUGGGUGCCGCCUCGAGCCAGGAGACUUCCCCGGGCCAAACCCCCCCAGAAGUGGCUGACCCUGACCACCCUCGGGGGGCUAGGCUGCCCCGGUUGGCUGCCCCAGCCGCUGGCGCCAACGACAGGAUCGUCCUCCGCCCUACUGAGGCCAAGCCCCCACAUAGACCCCCAGUGUCCUUCACAGUGGAUCUGCGGGACGCCCCGCUGAGCUCCGCCCCCUCGUCCCGGAACGCCGCUGCCUCCGCCCGCCGCCGGGCACUCGGAGGCGCCGAGGCGGACCUCUCUGGGACGAAGCGCUCCCAGUCCGCCAACGGCCAGAGGUCCCAGGCCCCAGGCAGCCCGCCGGCCUCUGACGUUCCUGAAGGCGUGGCGGGCAGAGGUAAGUACGCGUUGAGCCCGUUUCCCCCUGUGCAGGAGCGUCUGAGGAACGGCAGGAUCCCCCGGGAGAAGCUCCGGGGCCCGCCCCCCCACCAGGCAGGGGAAGAGGCCGGGCCACCUGGGAACAGGCAGAAGAACGGGGGCCGCUGUUUCCCCGACCAGAGGCUGACCGCUGAGUCCGAGCUGGAGGAGAAGCUGUUGGAUAGCAGAGAUGAGCCGGCCCAGGGCUCCCUCAGCGGCCCCCAGCGAGACCCACCCGGGCCCCACCCCUUCCCCAAACCUGAGCUGGCCAUGACACAGAGCCUCACUCUCAUCAGCUCAGAGAACUGGCAGGAGAAGAUGGAAGGGCUCACGGUGCUGCGCAGUCUGGCCCAGAACCACGUGGACACGCUGCUCCCCAGGCUCCGCGACGUCUGCCUCGCCCUCGUUCAAGAGGUGAAGAACCUGCGUUCUGGCGUGUCCCGCGUAGCCGUGUGCACGCUAGGCGUCCUGUACUGCCACCUGCAGCGGGCCAUGGACAUGGAGGUGGACACCACGGCCAGGGCGCUGCUGCACAAGGCGGCCGAGAGCAACGCCUUCAUCCGGGAGGAAGUGGACGCGGCGCUGGGCCACAUGGUGCGCCACUGCACGCCGGCACGCUGCAUCAACGCCUUCCUGGACGGGGGUUUGAGCCACCUGAGCGCGGCGGUGAGGAAGUGCGCCGCCCAGCACCUGGCCGACCUGCUGGAGAGGGUGGGCGUGGCCCGCCUGCUGUCCGGAGGGAAGGACGUGACGGACAGAAUCCUCCCGGCCGUGGUCAAGCUGGCCCUGGACUCCUCCCCGGAACCCAGGUCCUUUGGCCGCCGGAUGUUGCUGUUCCUGUCCUCCCACCGGGACUUUGAUAGCCUGCUGGAGAAGAACAUCCCCACCAAGGACCUUUCCGCCGCCCGCAAGGCGGUCAGCGGACUCAAGGCAAAGGGUCAGGGUCAGGGUCAGGGUCUGGGUGAGACGCCCCAGACCCCAGCCUCGCUUCCCGGCAGUGGCACCGCUAGGGCCUCGACGCUCCAAAGGAAGCUCCCCAAACAGACCAUAGCCCCCAGCCCCACCACCGCCACCGCCACCCCGACCAACACCGCCACCACCACCCCCAGGGAGCCCAACAGCAAGUACAGCUCCAAACCUCAGGGGCCCAUCAUGGAAGACAAGUUUGAGUACAUCAGGCAGCUCACCGCUCUGCUGGAGUCCAAGGACUUCAGGGAGCGCAUCAAAGGCCUCGACCAGCUGGUGGCCGACUGCCAGCACAACCCCAGCAUGGUCAUCCGCAGCCUGUUCCCGGUGUUUGACCUCUUCAGAGACCGCCUGCUGGAGUCCAACCGUAAGGUGAACCUGUACGCCCUGGAGGCCCUGCAGGGGAUGGUGCGCCUGCUGAAGGACAACCUGUCCGGGGUGCUCAACCACCUGGUGCCCGCCAUCGUGGACAACCACCUCAACUCUAAGAACCGCACUGUGUACUCGGCCGCCACAGGGGCCCUCUGCGAGCUGGUCCUGAACCUCGACAACAGCCUCCUCCUGGAGCCGUUCUGCUUCAAGGCACGGGUUCUUAGCGGCCAAGCAAAGGUGGACCUGAUCGAGAAGGUUGCAGAGCUGGUGAUGGAGCUGUACCCCCGCCGGCCCCAGCUGGUGGAGCAGAAGGCGCUGCCCCUGCUGUGGGGCCUGCUGGGCCCGUCCAGCGGCAGCGUGCACCGGGCGACCACCAGCCUGUGCCGAGCCCUCCACCAUCAGAUGGGGCCCGGCCUGCGGCAGAGCGCCGCCUCCCAGCCCCCGAGCGUCGGCAGGGACCUCAACCAGCUGCUGAGAACCAUGUCCUGAAUAAAAAAUGACCUAAGGACGGGAACGAGAAGACUCACUGCUCUCUUUGCACUU